UUAAUGUUCUUGGGUUUUCAUUAGGGUAUAACCAGAGUGCAAUAUAUACCCGAAACUUCUUUGCAGAUACUAGGGUUGGGGCGGCUCUGCUAACUUUUCGCAGGAAGGAAGAGGAAUUGAAACCUCACAGUUACAAUGCCCAAGCAAAUCCACGAGAUCAAGGAUUUUCUCCUUACUGCAAGAAGGAAAGAUGCACGGUCAGUGAAAAUCAAGAGGAGCAAAGAUGUUGUCAAGUUCAAGGUUCGCUGCUCCAAGUACUUGUACACAUUGUGUGUGUUCGACUCCGAGAAGGCUGACAAGUUGAAGCAGUCCCUUCCUCCAGGCUUGAGCGUUCAAGAUUUGUGAAACUGUUGGAGAAAGAAGUUCUGCUGAUUCUUUACCAAGAGAUGGAAAUUAAAUUGUUAUUUUGGUCCCCACUGUUUUUGUAGUUGAACAUCUAUACUAUGGAAUAUUUGCUAAGUACUCUAAAAUUGUUAGGAUGAUAUUGAUCUUUAUGUUAGUUGGAAUUUGAGCUUUGAUCUUCGUGUUUGUCAGUGGACCUUGAUUUUUGUUUAUGGGUUCUCAGAUUGCAGAUUAAGUUGCCUGUCUCUGUUCAGAA